UUUCCCGUGAUCCACUUCGGGGGAGCGACCGUAAACAGAAGAAAGCGGAAACAAAGGAGGGUUUUUAAAAACACAAACACACCCUGGCUGUUUAGGUACUCAGGGAAUAAAUUACAGCCAUUGACUUUGCCAGCAAUAAUAUUGAAACUGACACGAAAGAGUGAGUACAAGUGAAGUGAGGAGCGAACUGCAUCAGUCAACAUGGCACUGAAAAGAAUACAGAAGGAGCUGCAGGACCUGCAGAGAGACCCUCCAGCCCAGUGCUCUGCUGGACCAGUGGGGGAUGACUUGUUUCAUUGGCAGGCGACCAUAAUGGGUCCGGGAGAGAGUCCUUACCAAGGAGGAGUUUUCUUUCUCACAAUCCACUUCCCUACGGACUACCCAUUCAAGCCACCAAAGGUAGCAUUUACAACAAAGAUUUAUCACCCAAAUAUAAAUAGCAAUGGCAGUAUCUGUUUGGAUAUUCUACGGUCACAGUGGUCUCCUGCACUAACGGUGUCUAAAGUUUUAUUGUCCAUAUGUUCAUUGCUUUGUGAUCCAAACCCAGAUGACCCCUUAGUUCCAGACAUAGCAGACAUCUACAAGAACGACAAAGACAAAUACAACAAAUUAGCAAAAGAAUGGACUCAAAAGUAUGCCAUGUAAAAAAAACAUCAAAGAUGAAAAGUAAUGUGCUGAGAUUUUUUUCCUUCGUUUUUAAAUGUCACAACACUCUGUAGAUUAUAGUAAGGAAUGAUUAGAUAAUCUAAUUUUAGGUAAUUCCUAUCAAACCAUACUGUCAAAAUCAUAGAUUAUUAAUCCGAGACCAUGUUUUUUGAAAGAAAGCAGAACUUUUUUAUUUUGAGCAGAUGAGAAAGUCUGCCAGUGGUAAUUUAAAAUUCAAAUGUCAAUGAUAUUCCCCAAACUUUGCUUCUUAAAACAUAAUUUUUAUUAAGUACAACUAAUUAAUUAUAGGUCAUAGAUCCCACAAUAUGCAUUCAGCAAAGAGCCUUUUCCAGAAGAUCUAAUUAAUAGUGCAGCAGGAUAACCUACUGCUCCAUAAAAGGAAAAUCCUAGCUUUACUGUGUCCAUGAGUAGCUAGCAAAAUAUAAACAAAACACACACACACUGAGCCAUGGGAAUGUUAAAGUAUGAAUACCAAAAUAUGUAAGCCAUUAUUUUGGCAUUGUGUUUAAAAGAAAAAUAAAAGAAUACUGACAGGAUUAUAAUAUAGAUUCACUUCACCCUGUAGUGGUGAUGUAGGUUUUUGUUCAGUUCAUUUGCAUCUUAUGAGAGACAUAGUUGAAUGAAAGAAUUAGUAUUAUUAAUCACACAUUGUAUUGCAGUUCCUGAAAUUAUAUAAUUGUUUUGUUAAUUUUAAUUUUAUUUGGUCAUCACAAUGUAAAUCUGUCAUUAAAAUGAUGUGCUCUUUUUCCUGGAGAAUACUGUAGCUGUAAUAUUUGUUUUCAGUUGAGUUUGCACUGGCACUCAGACCAGAUCUUUAACCCAAUGACACUUGCAUCUGAGGGUUAAAUAUGUUCUUUUGUUUGACCUCCAGUCUAUGUGUACACACAUUUUUCCUAUAGAAAGGGUUAAACUCACAUUUCAGUUCCUGUGCAAACAGUCUUGUGUAUUUGAGGCUUGUGUGGCACUUUUUGUACUGAAUUAAAGAGUAGUAUGAUUUUUAUCACGA